UUUGUUCCUACCCGAGGCACAAAGGAUGGUGCACCUUCAACGCCACUGUGGUGCAAUGUUCCUUGGCUCUUGGUUCCCUUCUUGAAUCUUUAUCCAGCCAAUGGACUGACAUCAGCCAGUGGAGAUGCUGUUCAAAGAUCUUUCCAGAGAGGUCCUGAUGCGGCCACUGUCCAGGAAUGAGGUGUUGGGCAUGUUGUUGAAGUUGACCAUCUUUGGUGCAGCAACCUACUACAGCAUCACAUGGGUUUUAGAUGCCAUGGACCCUACCUCCAAACAGAAAAGCCGAGCCAAGAAAAGGGCACAACAACUGAUGAAGAGGAUUGGUGUUGAGGGCGUUAAGCUAACGGAGUAUGAGAUGAACAUUGCUUCUCAACUAGUUGAUCCCCAAUCUAUGAAGGUGACCUGGAGAGAUAUAGCCGGUCUGGAUGAGGUUGUGAAUGAGCUGCAAGACACAGUCAUCCUUCCCUUUCAGAAAAGACACCUUUUAACCGGAUCCAAACUCUUUCAGCCUCCCAAAGGUGUUUUAUUGUUUGGUCCUCCGGGAUGUGGGAAGACCAUGAUCGCCAAGGCAACAGCCAAAGCCUCAGGCUGCAAAUUUAUUAACCUCCAGCCCUCCACACUGACGGACAUGUGGUACGGCGAAUCACAGAAGCUGACGUCUGCUGUCUUCUCUUUGGCAAUAAAACUGCAGCCCUGCAUCAUCUUCAUAGAUGAGAUUGACUCAUUUCUGAGGAACCGUUCCAGCAUGGACCAUGAGGCCACAGCCAUGAUGAAGGCCCAGUUCAUGAGCCUGUGGGAUGGCCUGGAAACCUCCGUAACCACCCAGGUGAUGGUGAUGGGAGCUACAAACAGGCCACAGGAUGUGGAUCCAGCCAUUUUGCGCAGGAUGCCCACCACUUUUUAUGUUGGCCUGCCAAAGACGAGACAAAGACAGGACAUCCUGAGGCUGAUUUUAGAAGGAGAAAGCCUGAGCAAUGCCAUUAAUCUGAAGGAGAUAGCGGAGAAGACGGACGGUUACUCUGGCAGUGACCUCUGGGAGCUUUGCCGCGAUGCUGCCAUGUACAGAGUCCGGGACUAUGUCCGAAAGGAGCAAAUGAGGCAGAUCGCUCAGCAGGACAGUCAGGAGGAGGAAAGACCCGUGGAUGAGGAAAGGUUGCGGCCGGUCACCCAGCGGGACCUCCUGUUCGGCCUGGACAAGAUGAAGGAAUCUAAGCAGGCCACCGCCUUCACGUUACCCAUUGUGUCAGAGGUACCCCUGGACUAAACCCCAAUACUGCACCACGAUGGGAUGUGUGUUCUUCUACAAGCAGAGGCUCCGCCAACAUGUCAGGGGUGCAGUUGGAAAAGCCAGAAAUCAGCCAUACUUCUUUUGAAGUGUAUUUAUUCAUGCAGUGUUUGUUCUGCGCACGCUCACUUUCAACACAAGUAUACAUGUAACAAUACCUUGGGAAAUCUAAUGUGCCUACUGGCACUGACAUAGAGCCAAUGUCUUACUCCAGGGUGCCAUGAAAGUGUAUUUGGACGAGGUUAAAUUUAUUUUAAAUAAAUGUUAUAAAUCCAUCUAACGUUGUUGCUCGUACAACUACAAACUUCAGUUUUACACCACGGUAAGGUUCCAUAUAACAUCCUACCACUGACUUACACAGGAUCUUGAGGAAAGGGCAUUACGCUUGAUGGCUCAUGAGUCUGGACUCUAUACCAGUAAUCCUUUCGAGGUUGGCUGCUUGAUUUUUGAUCAAGUGAAAAACAACUCCACUUCCACCUCAUCUGUUGUCUUCUCACCCUGGACGGAGUUAAGAUUGCUUUGUCCUGGUGGAAGUACUGAUGCAACAUUGAUUCGUAUGUUUGUUUGACUGCAUCUUUGCUUUUUAUAUUAAGAGUGGGUGUAUUUAGCCAGCAAGAGGUUUAAUAGAAAACUACAGUAAUGCGACACUCAUGUAAUGAGUUACUGCUCCCAAGGAAUACAAAUUCCCCGAAAAAUUGUUUGGGACAAUAACGUGUAUCAGAGAAAUGCAUGAUAUGAGUUGUGAAGUGAGCACUACUGUCGAUGCUUUCAGAUCACAAUAAGUCUGACCAAAAAAAAGAGGAAGACACUUUAACUUUGUUGUCCAGAGAACUCGGCAAAACACCUAAUUCCACUGUUCCUUUUUAAGACCUGAUGGUACAGAAUUAUUACUUUUUUUUUAUGAAAUCAAAAUAAGUAUUUUCAGAAAAGACAGAUUUCUCAGAGCUCUGUUAAUGUGUGAAGAGAAAAGAAGAUGACAAAACACACAUUUAGCAAGCGACAGCCAAGUAGAGAUGGAGUCACCAACCCCGUAAUAGGAACCACAGCUCUCAUCACCUGGGCCACGACUUCUGGCCGUCAUGUGACCUGAUGUACACCUCCUUCGCUAUUAGCAGAUGUAUAUUAUAGGAAUGUUGCUGUGUGCAUGAUUGUGAAACUGAAGUUAUCCAAUCCAAUUGAUCUUCAAGACAUUAAGUCGUCUUUUGUGCUUAAUAUAUAUUUUUUUUCACCCAAAACAACAAUAGCUGUUAAUUUUUUUGGGUUAAAUUUACAAAUAUAUCAGGUGUAAAAAUACAAAGGUGUUAUUUUAAUGUCUAAAAUAAUUGUCCUAUUAUCCCUAUUCGAGAGUCUCCAUUGCUUCUCUGUGAAUGUUUUUAAUUUCCUUUUCGUGUCUCGUGGUGUAUGUCGAUCAAUGUCGCAACAAAGCACAUCGGCGUGUGUCAGUUACAUUUAGUCUCACUUUAAGUUAAAAUCAUUUCAAUCAGCUGUCGGUCUGAAGUUGUUGUGACAUGACUUUCUGACUCCCUCUGUAUAAAAAGCCUCAUUAUUCACCA